AUGGCGCUGGCGGACAGCGCCCGGGGGUUGCCCAACGGGGGCGGCGUGUCCCCGGCGGCGGGGCCGGGCUCGGGGGCCGCGGGCUCGUCCGCCUUCCCGGAGAUCGUGGAGCUGAACGUGGGCGGGCAGGUGUAUGUGACGCGGCGCGGCACGGUGGUGUCGGUGCGGGACUCGCUGCUCUGGCGCAUGUUCUCGCAGCAGCAGCCGGGCGAGCUGCCCCGGGACAGCAAAGGCCGCUUCUUCCUCGACCGCGACGGCUUCCUCUUCCGCUACAUCCUGGACUACCUGCGGGACCUGCAGCUGGUGCUGCCCGAGCACUUCCCCGAGCGCAGCCGCCUGCAGCGGGAGGCCGAGUACUUCCAGCUGCCCGAGCUGGCGCGCCGCCUGGCGCAGGGCCGGGGGGCGGCCGGCGGGGGGACGCGCCCCGCUGCCCUCUACCGCGACGGCUCCCUCUGCGCCGACGAGCCCCCGGCCCUGCUCGGCUACCUGGAGGCGGAGCCGCCCGAGGCUGGCGGCGCCGCCUCGGCCCCGUCGCCCAGCUCCAGCCGCAGCCCCUCGGGCGGCCCGCUGCUCACCCCGUCUCAGUCCCUGGACGGCGGGGCGGGGCGGCGCUCGGGCUACAUCACCAUCGGCUACCGCGGCUCCUACACCAUCGGGCGGGAGGCGCAGGCCGACGCCAAGUUCCGGCGCGUGGCGCGCAUCACCGUGUGCGGCAAGACGGCGCUGGCCAAGGAGGUGUUCGGCGAGACGCUGAACGAGAGCCGCGACCCCGACCGCCCCCCCGAGCGCUACACCGCCCGCUACUACCUCAAGUUCAACUUCCUGGAGCAGGCCUUCGACCGCCUCUCCGAGGCCGGCUUCCGCAUGGCCGCCUGCUCCUCCACCGGCACCUGCGCCUUCGCCCCCGAGCAGGGCGGCCCCGCCGACGACAAGAUCUGGACCAGCUACACCGAGUACGUCUUCUGCAGGGACUGAGCCGGCAGACAGGCCGGGGCUGGCCGCCCUGUGCGCCCCCGGCCCCUCACACGCAGCGCCCGCCAUCAGCCUCUGCCCUACACUCCCCCCAUGCCCUCGGCUGAGCGCCAGCCCUUCCUCCCCCACUCCCCGCACAGGAGAUGUUUGAAACUCUGCCUGUCCCCUCCCUACCUCUCAGACCCAGGGGUGAGGGGAGCUCGGGACUCUCUUCCCAGGAACUGGGCACCAUACCCCACUGAGAAGGGGGGAGGGAUACCAUGCCCAUGUUUUAACUUCUCCUCCCAUCCCAUUCCCAUGUUUUAACUUCUCCUUCAGCAACCUGGCAGACUUAUAACUGCCCACCCAACUAUGAUGAGUGGGACAGCUGUCUGGGAUGAUCUCUUGCUCAUGAUUUUCCUCCAGGAAGAGUGUGUGGUUGGAGGCUGCAAAUGACUGAUCCUCCAGGACCAAUUACUUCCUUAUUCCUUCCUACUCCAUCUCCAUCCUUCCCCAAAGCCCUGAACUUAGAAGCUCUUGAACUGGAUCAAGUGUGUGUGGCUGAUGAAGAAGACUGAUGGCCAAGGACAAGUAUCAAACCAAGUACUCUGGAUUACCAACCACUUAAACUGUUAAAUCAACUUGGAAGAACAAUGUCUAUCCUCACUAGAUAUAAAGCAACAAUUUCUUGAAAACUUACAGUGCUUGUGAAUUAUAACUUUCAUAGGUGAUGUAAAAUCCUUAGUGUCACAAAGUUACCAUAUACAGAAACUACAUAAAAAUCCAUUGCACAUUCCUUAAACUCCUUUAAAAUGGAUUGAUGUGACAUAAACCAGGCUGGUCAGAGAGGAGGUAGAGUGCCUGUUUCCUAUGAAAGUGAGAUUUUUAGAUGUUGAAGUGAUACAAGUUUACAAAUCCAAGUAAAAACAAGUGAAUCCUGCUUGCUACUUUCAGUGUUGUCACUUUAGCACUAUAUAAUUGUUGAAGUUGACCGAAAUGCUUCCUCAGAUGGCUUUCUUAACAAAUUAAAUACUGAUUUUUAGUUUUUUGUAGCAGUAUUAUCAGAGAAAUCACACUGCUGAGUAACAUUUCCUAGGCAUAAUAAGUACUUUCUCAAAAAAAGGUACAGAACUAAAGGCAGCUCCUACAAAAACAGGAGCAACAAUCAUUCCUUCAAUGGGAGUUAACACUCCUUACUGUAGUGCUGAACUUGGUCUAUAUAAGCUAACAACUUAUAGCCAUAGCAUAAGCAGCCAUAGCUUUCUGUGGAAGAACAACAUACUAUAUAAGCACAUGCUUUUGUAAUAAAUGAAGGUUUAGCCUCCCUUUCUAAUAAGCAGCUAAAGUUCUGAGUACAAAAGCACUUCACACUUCUUGAAUUUUAAUACAUGAGUAUUCUAUUCAAGCUUCAACAACAACAACAAAAAAUUACACCUUUUUAACCAUCCUAAACAUUCAAGGACUUUAAAGGUGCAUAUUAAAGUUUGAAGUUACAAAUAUAAUACUGCAGUUUAAUUGAUUGUCCUGACUCUUGUAUUUAGAGAGAUUACUAGCAUUUACAAUCUAACCAAAGAGUUUCACAUUGGGAUUUCAUUUUUAAAUUUUAUUUCCUCUUUACAAAGCUAUAGCUUCAGAUAAUAUGAAACCUUUUUAUUUAAACAAUGUUCAUCAAAUUGAGUUUCAGUGCUUUCUCUCUUCUCACCACCUAGUCUUUAACUAAAAGCAUGCAUGAAAGUAAUACUGAAAAUAAUUUGCAGACUUAGUUUUUUAUACAUUAAGAUAGAGUUUAUUCAUGUGAUUAAGCUGAAAAUGUACAUGAAAGCACCAGGCAUUGUCUAGUUGUAGAUAAUUGUAAAAUAUUUUUAAAAGUGAAAUAUACAUUUCAAAUUAGAUGAGCAAUAAUAACAUAGUAGUGGGAGGCCAGUGCACCAGAAAACAGAAUGAAAGCUGGUUGUUCUAUGCCUUAUUCAAGAUGAUUUAUUUGUGAAUAUUUUAUCUAUACCACAAGUGAAAGGAUAUUGAUUGAUCAUAGCUACUAAGUAUUUACAAUGUCAUUCUUAAGUCAAGAACUGUCUUUUUCUAGUUUCUGUUAAGUAACUUUCUCUGAAGUAUGUUUUUUAAAACUUUGGAUAAAAUGGGUUUUCGGUAAGUGUUUAAAUUAGCUCCAGCUAGGUUUUUUUUUUUUUUUUUUUUUUUAAGAACCUUGUACGAUGGCUUAAUAAAUCCAUCAUAGGAGUUAUGAAUGGAGGACCGUUACAUUGAAUUUGAAGUUUAGUGUAUAUACACUAUAUAAACAUUUUACACGAAUCAUUUAGUUUUUUAUUCAUUUUAGUGCUAAAAAUUUCAUAAAGUAUAUCUAGCCUGAACACUUGCAUAUUACUCUGUAUAUAAUAUGGUAAUGUUUUGAUCCAUUUCUUAUACCUGUUUCUAUGGAAAAAACUAAGUAUGAAUAUCAACAUAAUUGUAGAACUAAGUUUGUCUACACUUAUUUGCCUGAAUGUGAAUUAUAACUAAACUUCCUGUUGGCUAGAUCCCCCCUUAAAAUGAAGAUACUUGUAUUUUGAUCAGUGUCUAAUUGCUAGCAGAUGACCCAAAAGUGCAUAUGAUUAUUUUAAAAAAGAAUGGGUGUAAUAAAAUCAGCACAAACUAAUAUUUUUUUCUAAUCUUUGUGUUUGUGAUAUUAAAGACUAGCCAGUGACUAGUAGUGAGAUAUGGAACCUUUCAUUUAAAGGUCACUGGUUCUAAUCUGGACACAGGUUGGUGGUGACCUAAAGUAAUUAGCUGUUUGAUAGCUACCAUAGUUUUUGGUAGUCUAUGUAAAAAAUGUUUUGGUAAUUGCAGUCAAAUUCCUAGUGGGCAAUCUUCCACUGGACAAGUUACUGACUCUUGUUGUUUCCCUGACAGCCUAAGGAGUGAGUGCAUAUGGUUGCCUUCAGAGGUAGUCCCUCUCCAGGUUAAUGUGGAGGUAAGCUAAUGGAGCACUGUAUACAUUUCUGGAAUUACUGUUGCUCACCCUUUGCCUGUUCUGUGAAUAAAUACAAAUCUGAUACUAUUAA